AUGCCCUCCUCGAGGUCCGCCCCGGUCGCGCGCGUCUCCCAGGAGACGUGCAACCCCGCGGUGUGCGCGCCGAUCGCGGAGGACGACAAGCGCGCCCUCGUCGACGCCGUCGAGACGUUCAUCUUCGACUGCGACGGCGUGAUCUGGAAGGGCGACUCCCUCAUCGAGGGCGUUCCGGAGACGAUCGCGAUGUUACGAGACAUGGGCAAGCGCCUCAUCUUCGUCACGAACAACAGCACCAAGUCGCGCGCGGGGUACCUGAAGAAGUUUCUCGACCUCGGCCUCGAGAUCACCGCGGACGAGGUCUUCUCGUCGUCGUUCGCCGCCGCGGCGUACCUGGACUCGAUCGACUUCCCGAGGGACAAGAAGGUGUACGUCGUCGGAGAGACGGGGAUCUUAGGCGCGUCCUCUUCUUCACACUGGCCCCCAUACGACCGCGAGCUCGACGGCGUCGGCAUCCAGCACCUCGGCGGCGAGAGCGACGGCGACAAGAAGGUGACGCUCGCGUCCGGACAGCUCAUGGAGCACGACCCGGACGUCGCCGCGGUGAUCGUCGGGUUCGACCGGAACGUCAACUACUACAAGAUUCAGUACGCGACGUUGUGCAUUCGCGAAAACCCGGGAUGCAAGUUCAUCGCGACCAACAUGGACGCGGUGACGCAUCUCACGGACGCGCAGGAGUGGGCGGGGAACGGCAGCAUGGUCGGCGCGAUCAAGGGUAGCACGAAGCGCGAGCCGUUCGUCGUCGGGAAGCCCGCGCCGUUCAUGCUGGACUACAUCGCGAAUAAGUUUGGCAUCAAGAAGAAUCAGAUUUGCAUGGUCGGCGAUCGAUUGGACACGGACAUCAUGUUCGGGAUCGACGGCGGCUUGCGGACGCUGCUCGUGCUGUCCGGGGUGACGAGCGAGACGGAGCUUCAGAGCGAGAGUAACUCGAUUCAUCCGGAUCACUACACGUCCAAGCUCGCGGACUUGCUGACCGUGAAGAAGUGAGCGGCGAGGACGCGGAGGGAGGAGGUCGGGUCGUCGAGAGCGGGUCGUGUUUCGACGCGACUGGUUAUUACGUUAGAGUUUCAUUUCACAUAUCUUCACU